GGAUUCAGGCUUCUAGAGAGUAGAUGGCCAGGCGGUGAAUGGAGCUCGGAGGCACCGUGCAUGAGUCAGACUGACGCAGGCUCAGAGGAGAGACGCAGCACGAGCAUCCAUUCAGUCCACCAUCAUCUCCGAGCGGUCAGCAGUCACCUAGCACGGCAGACACAAACAAAGGCGCCUUGUGAGGUAUUCUAGCACAAUGACAAAGGAGGAGACAGCUGAGGCGGAGGAAGCACAGACAGGCCUUGAGUAUCAGAGCCUGGGCCUGGAGGCACGGAAGCGGCCUAUGGUUCACCCAUCUGCCCCUGCACCACUUCCAAAAGACUACGCUUUCACGUUUUUCGAUCCAAAUGAUCCAGCCUGUCAGGAAAUCCUCUUUGAUCCGCACACCACAAUUCCAGAACUGUUCGCCAUCAUACGACAGUGGGUGCCCCAGGUCCAGCAUAAGAUUGACACCAUUGGCAGUGAGAUCUUAAAGAGAGGCUGCCUUGUCAACGACCGCGAUGGACUGACAGAUAUGACCCUGCUUCACUACAGCUGCAAGGCUGGGGCCCAUGGAGUCGGUGACCCUGCUGCGGCACUUCGACUGUGCAACCAGCUGAUUAGCCUGGGUGCCGAUGUAAGUCUGAGAAGCCGCUGGACCAACAUGAACGCUCUGCACUACGCUGCCUACUUCGAUGUGCCAGAACUGAUUCGAGUGUUGCUCAAAGCUUCGAAGCACAGAGUACUGAACUCUACUUGUAGCGACUUCAGCCAUGGGACGGCCCUGCAUAUUGCGGCCUCAAACCUUUGUUUGGGGGCUGUUAAGUGCCUCUUGGAGCACGGGGCAAAUCCCACCGUCAGGAAUGACCGUGGCCUGGGGCCGGCUGAGGUCGUCCCAGACCCUAUGGAUAUGAGUCUGGACAAAGCGGAGGCAGCAAUGGUGGCCAAGGAGUUGAAGCAGCUUCUGCUAGAUGCCGUGCCACUCAGCUGCAACCUUCCACGCGCCACCCUGCCCAACUAUGAUAACAUUCCUGGAAAUCUCAUGCUUUCUUCUCUGGGGCUAAAACUCGGUGACCGUGUUCUCCUGGAUGACAUGAAGGCGGGGACACUGCGUUUCUGCGGGACAACUGAAUUUGCCAGUGGCCAGUGGGUCGGUGUGGAGCUUGAUGAAGCUGUGGGAAAAAACGAUGGUAGUGUAGGAGGGGUACGCUACUUCAUCUGCCCCCCCAAACAAGGACUUUUUGCCCCUGUGUCAAAAAUUACUAAAGCCGCUGAUCAGACCCCAUCAUCUGUCACCUCCACCCCCAAGACUCCUCGCAUGGACUUCUCCCGCGUCACUGGCAAGAACAAAGCGGAGAAGAAGGAGAAAGAACGAGGAAAAACUCUUCGAAACAAGUCUUUGUCUGCUGGAAGCCUGAACCCCGAUGGAGUGACGGUGGAGGUGGGGGACCUGGUGCUGGUGGCUGCACAGAAGCAGGGAAUUGUCCGUUUCUAUGGCAAGACAGAUUUUGCUCCAGGAUACUGGUUUGGGGUGGAGUUGGAGCAGCCAACAGGAAAGCAUGAUGGAUCUGUGUUUGGCGUUCGCUACUUCACCUGCCUGCCCAAGCAUGGAGUUUUUGCACCACCAUCUCGUGUGCAGAGAAUUGGUGGACCAAAAGAGUCUCAGACUGAUGGCACUUUGGUGAAGAAAGUUCACCAGGUUACUAUGUCCCAACCCAAGCGUAACUUUACGUCAGUAAGAACACCCAAGGAAAUUACAUCAGAAAGCUCCAUAUCAAGGUUGCUCUUCUGUUGUUGGUUUCCCUGGAUGCUGCGUGCAGAGAUGCAGUCGUAACCCCCGAUUUCUUAAUCCUUCUCUUCAUUCUCUAGAUCGAAUGCUCUCUUUCCUCUUAGUGUCUGUGGCAUUUCUGCUUUUCUCUGAAAACCAACCAGACUGUUGCCGUCAAUAUUGCCGUAGUAAACCAACACACCUCUGUCCCUGGUCGCAGUCCUAUAGCAAAACCUAGUGCCUUGUAUCGUAACUAACGUCCUGCAUUCCGUUUGUUACACUAACAUGUCUAAAAAACUGGGGGGUGGGGGCUUAAAGAAAGAAAGUAAUAUAUUGACGUUAGUUUUAUAAGUUACUUUUUUCGUUUUAGUGUUCGCUGCUAGCUAAUCCCCAUGUUAAAUAUGACCAAAAUCAUUUUGAAGUCAUACCAGGUGCACAGCAUUCUGAUGUCAAUAAACUAGCUUUAUUUUCUACUAACACACAAAGCAGCUUUAACAUAACUAGGCCAUAAAGAUUUUGCUUCUGAACAUUUGUUUGCUACUGCUUGUACUGUCUUUUUCUUGGUUUAUUACACCCAUAUGUGACACCAUAAGAUGGAAUUUUGGAUGUAAUUUGUCAGUUUGAAAAGCCUGAGUGAUUAAUCAAAUCUAUAAAUCUCCUAUAAUGCAUGCAUUCCUAAAUUGUAGAAAAGGAUUAUUGCCAAUUUCAUUUGACAAAUAAUGGACGAUAAGCCUUUGUUAUCGUGAUAUUUUCAAAUGAAAAAUUUUGUUUUGGUUUUGACACAUUUAAGAAAAAAAUUGACUGAAAUUAUUGCAGAGCUUCUUUGAUUACAGUAUUAUAUAAUAUAUAGGGCAAAUGGCAGCGGCAAGAAGUGCUAUUUGGAAAUUUGCUAACCAAAUUUCAUAAACUGCCAUGUACAUAGCAGUUAAGCAGAUUGUGUAGACUCACAAACUAGCUAAAAGCUGAAAUAGUUUAAACCUUGAAAACAUCUUAAAUUGAGGGGGUGCUGACAUCUAUAGGAACAUAAAUCAAAAUAUUUGCUUACAUGGUAAAGUCAGUUUUGACUUGCCUUCGCAUGUUGAAGUGUCCGAAUGAUAUUACAAUCAAGUUUUCGAUCUCAAAAAUACCAGAAAUUAUGUUUACUCAUCACACAUGGCUUUGUGGCAGUUCAUCUUUAUAACUAUCAGCAUUUUGACUGUAUAAUUCAAUUUUACCAAUGAAAACUAGGGUGUUUCUGUCCUUGUGUACUGCACUUAUAAAAAAAGCUAAUUGUUCAGUCAAUAUCUAAGAACUGCCAGUUCAUAAGUAUAUUGGGAACAUUAGGCAUCUAUGUAUUAAAAAUGUUCAUAUAAAGUUGUAUACAUUUGUCCAUAGCUUACUAUAGACUGAUGAAUAUUUUGCCAUCGCUUGCUUUGUGUCCAACUGUGCUGGUUGAGGUGUUGUAAAAUGGAUGUCACUCUCAAUUUUCAGAUAAUUGCUAUAAAACAUUAGGCAACAUUCCCAAAAUGGUUUGUGUGUUGUAUAUCAUUAAGCUCAUAAAAGAACUGAAUUUUGCAGCUUAAAUAUCAAUAGUGACUUUAAUCAUGUCAGGAAAGCAGGCUUUUCAUGCACACACAAAACUCACUUUCACAUAAUUGCAUAAAGAUGAGCAUUUCAAACAGAAUCUGCCACAGAUAAUGUUCAAGGAUGUGUUCAGUGGUCAUUUUAGCUUUUUAGUCCUCUAUAUAACUUCACACUGCAUUACCAGCAGACAUAUAAUUACUUUGAAAAUAAGAUACCAUUCAGGAUAUACUCAAGUAGGAAAGUAUGAACGGUGUACCUUUCUGAGAUGGAUUUGAUUGAGUGUUUUAAUGAGACAGGAAGUCAUUUGUAAUAUCAUGUCUUGGACAGUAUACAAAGUAUCAUUUUUUCCUUCAUGCAUAGAUCCAUCAAUACUUUUGCAAUCUUUGAUAAAACUUUCAGUUUUGUUAAUGAAUGAAGGAUUUGUGUGGCAUACUUCUUGAAUUGUUCACUAAUCAACAAAAUACAUAUUUUAAGGUUGGUGUUUCAGGGUCCUGUUCCCCUUUGUGAUUUUACAGUAAUAAUGAGUAGUGUCUGUCAAAAUGAUGCAGCAAGUAUGCAAGGAAACUCACUUUAAAAUUGAUAUUACAGAAAACCAGUUUUUAGCUUGCUGUAAAAAUGUUAAUAGAUGACUGCGCUUCCAUGGCUGAUUUUUUUCUGCUGGAUCGUAACUACGUUUGAAUAAGUCAUAGACCAAAGUGCUUGAUAAAUGCUGGGCCUUAGUAAACAUUUGACCUUCAUAUAGGUGAAUGUUUUACUGACUUAGAUAGCCAGCCAUGGAGCGUCUGUCAUUGUUGUGGAUAUAACACUGGAUAUCAGAUAUCGGAAGGCUUCCUCCGAUAGUAGCUGGUAGAUUUAUGAACUGUUACAAAGUGAGUUGAUUCUUAACAUGACAAUUUAUUUGCAUAUCGGAUAUCUGCUGUCAGCUUUGUGGUUGUUUCUUUUGCCAUGUUCAGUGAAAGAUCUCAGCUAGAUUAACAAAAACAUGUUUGUAAUGUUGUGGGGUUAAAAUAAAGUCCCAAUAAUAGUUAA